AUGAUUAAUAUCUUCCGCACAUUUAAGUCUACACCACUUUCCAAAGUUACUAUCUUCCACAACCCAAGUUCUGCAACUUCCAACCAUCUCUUGUCCAAACUUAACAAGUUUUCCCAGUUGCCAUGUACAAGUAACAGAUAUCUUGGACCAACUGCUCGGGCAACCACUAGAGAAUUGGGUAAGUUUUCUGUUGAUCUUCAUGAAGAUAAAAUGCCAACUUAUGAAGAAUAUCUUGAGAUUCAUGAUUUACUUUCAGUUCACCCUGAUAAUGCUAUUGCCUUUGAAAAGAUUUUCCCACUGAUGUAUGAUCAUCAAUCUUCAACAAUUUGUAAAAAAUCUGCCUUUACUACAAAGAAAAAGCAAAAAUAUUUGGGUGAUUUACAAGUUUUCAAUCAACAAGAUUAUAAAACUGUGGAAGCAGCAUUUGCAGCAGAAAAACUGGAUUUAAUGUUUAAUGCUCCAUUGAUUAUUGAUUGGGAAAAUUCCUUAUUGGCAGUUGAUGAUGCUGGCUUAGAUCGGAUUAUGGCUAACUAUUUAUCUUGUGGAACACAAGAUUCUCACAAGAGCAACUUGGAUAAUUAUCGUCCCAUAACCAAAUCGUACAAACAAGAACAAGUGCAUCCUCAUGUUGCUGAAUUUGCUGACUUGUUCUAG